GGGGCAAUAGGGUCCAACUUACGGGUGUGCAUUCUCAACUAGUUAUGGCUCACCGCCUGUUUGAAGGCAAAGAGCAUGCUGCCUGCUAUUGGAAGUACAGGGUAUCUCCAUCGGAUCACCUGAUAAAGCAUGUGAUUGACUUUGUGGAAAAACAGAAAGGUGGCCCAUUAGAGCUUGCAGUGGACGUGGGCUGCGGGUCGGGGCAAGGUACCGUGCAGCUGGCUAAAUACUUUGCUUCUGUGGUGGGAACAGACGUUAGCCCUGCCCAGCUGCAGGUGGCUUUGGAGCAUGCUAAAGAGCCAAACAUUACAUAUAGGCAGUGUGUGGCUGAGGAGCUGCCGUUUGCUGACGGGUCAGUGGACCUGAUAACAGCCAUGUCUGCUUUCCACUGGUUUGACCGGCAACGCUUUCUUCAGGAAGUCCACAGAGUCCUGAAGCCUCACGGCUGCUUAGCUCUGCUCAACUACACAAUUGAAAUGGAGCUCAGCUACCGCGAUUGCUGCUUGCAGUCACUCAACCAAGUGUGCCAUGAGUUUUAUGCAGCCUUGCAGCCUUACCGCAGUCCUCACCUUGGUGCCAGUUCUAUUGAGUUGUACCGAGAGGCCUACGCAUCUAUUCCUUAUGCUAACAAAGAGUGGCAUGAAUGUGUGUGGGUGAGAAGACCCAUGCCCCUGUGCAGCUACAUUGGCUUGGUAGAGUCUUUCUCGAGCUACCAGGCUAUGCUCAGAGAUGAUCCCCAGAAGGCCAUGAAACUCUCACAUGACAUCUGUCAAAGGUUGAUGUCUGUAAUGAAGGUGACGUCUGCAGAGACAGAAGUAAUGGUGGGUGUGAGGUAUUUUUACAUAUUAGCUGAAAAUGAUUUGUAGUGAAGCAAUUUUUUAUUACAAUUUUAAAAUGUAACGGUGAAGAGUGCAUGUGCAACCAUUUGAAAAAGUUAUUUGAUAUGUUGUUUUCUGGUCCAAACGGUUCUUUUCUUUUUAAAAAUGAAGGCCACACUCGAGUAAGCCAUUCACCAAUGUUGUCUCUGGAAAAUGGCUUCUUUUGAAGUAGUUGAACCAGUUAACAUAUUUGAUUCUACUUCAGGAGCUCGGUAGUAAAAUAGUUGUUUUUACUGCUGCCAGCCUAAAAAUGUUAGCUGCCGCAAGAGGGCGCCAUUGAAUCAUUGUAUUUUUUUGACCGUUGCACACUGUAAUUGUCACUGAUGUAUUAGGUUAUGUAGAAAUAAAUAAAAACAGUGACAAAGAAACUCUGUUGUACACUUCGAACUGUGAUUAAAUUAAACAUGAGUGAGCCACUCAAGUCGAAUAACACUGCCAGAGGUAUACACGACAAAGACAACAAAUUCAAACACACUUUUUCAUCAAUCGAUCAGGGCUUGGGCUCACCUCGAAUUUUUAUUUUCGGACAGUUUCAUGCUGAUGACAGCAGGGUCCAUUUGAAGCAUGCUUGGAUGAAUUCGGUGUGGAGGAAAUUGAAACCCAUCAAAGACAAUAGGGAUGAACUAGAACAGGCAUGGUGAGGCAGGGCCCUCUCAGAAUGGACUACAAUCCAUGCUAGUGGUGGCUGAUACAUGACUACAAAUUUUGCUAUCGAUGGUAUGGAUGUACAGGGCCAGUAUUGAAGAAAUCAAUACCGAUUCAGAUACUUUUUACUUUUCAAGAUCAUUUAAUGUGUUCAUGGUUCUGCCUUUAAUUUGUUGAUUUGUUAAUUUGUUGACUAAAACACAGGACAAAAAAUUGAGGCAAACGCACAUGUUUUUAUCAACAACUUAUUUGUGAACAAUUUAGACAGAGGUGUCCAAACCUUCUCCACUGAGGGUCACAGAAAAGUGAAAGGAUGCAAGGGCCACUUUGAUAUUUUCUAAUAUGCUAAGAAGUUAUAUAUAUUUCAAGGGAAAAAAUGCAUCUCAGCUUUGUGAUAUACAGUCAAGGAAAAAAUGAUAUUAGGCAACCCUUUCUUCAGUUUACUGAUCCAUUUUAAUGCCUGGCACAACUAAAGGUAAAACAACACAAAAUAAAGUUGUAAUUUUUUAAAAUUAGGUUGGGGGAAAAAGUCCUACUAUUAUGGGAAUAAAGGCGUAAUUACGAGAAAAAAAAUGUAGCAGAAGAAAGUUGAUUGUAAAGGCUGGAUCACUCUCGCUUUGGACCUUAUUGGCUCGAGUGGAAACUGUCAAGUACGGCAGCACCGCAGUGCACAAAGCCAAGUCCAUAAAGGCUUGCUUGGAUGUGUUUGGUGUGGAAGAACUUCAGAGCCCCAACCUCAAAGCACUGAGCUCACAGAUGAUGCAUGCGCAGCUAUCUAAACAAAACAUCCACAGUUUAGCUUUGUUUUAUAGGUGACAAAGCAAAUUAGUCGAUCUCCAAAAGAAUUGUAUUUUUAGCAUAUGCUUAGGGCCAAUAACAAAUGACAUGUGGACCGAAAAUGGCCAACAGGUCGCACUUUCCUCUUUAAAAAAAACAGCAGAGCACUACUGUUGUAUAGAGGAUCUUUUGACUAGUGUCUUUGGACUGUCUCUGUUUUAAUUCUUGUACAGGGGUGCCCAAAGUGUGGCCCGUGG